CUGCAGUUCAGUCAGUCAGUGAUUGUGUUGUGUUGUGCGUGGGCGGUGCAGUGCAGAAGUAAAUACGCGAAAUUGCAUCUCGUUCCGAUAGUUUUUCAGAGUACAUCGUAGGAAAAUGUUCAAACUAUCUCUUAAACGAUUCGCUUCCCUGCUGUUUUUCCAACUGGUCUUCUUGUGCGUGGAUUUGGGCAUCAACAGUUUCUCGUAUUUGGCCCGUGGCGACAAAGUGUCCAUCAUCUUUCUGUUUUUGGCACAGGAUGUGUGUCUGAUUCUAUCAUUUACGGCAAUCAUCUUUAGCCUGUACUCAACUUAUGUUUAUCAGGCCGGCAUGGCACAUCUCCUGUAUGAAAAGUUCCGUGUCCCACUGUUGGUGGCCAUGACGUAUUUCCUGCUGUGCAUUACUUUGCACACCUGGCAGGUGAUUGACCACAAUAAGUCGCCGUAUCUCUUCCAAUGGCCCAAGGCACUGACCGCAUUGUUCAUCAUACAGAGACUAUUUUCUCCGCUCUACUACUAUCUGUACAAGAGGUCCGCCCUGAAGAUGAGCGAUCCACGAUUCUACGAAAACUUGGACUGGAUCACAUCGCAGUUAGCCAUUAAAUAAACUCGUGGAAACCAUUCCUAGUUUACACAGGUUUCAGUUAUUUGCUUUGGUUGCAGGCCGAUCCAUGGAACCCCAUUGGGUUGGAUCAUGUUUUAUGUUCGGUAAAGUCUGUUAAGUUCGCAAGACAGGGACGCAGUCAAGAACGUUUCAACCUACUGAAUUUACUGCGUCUCUAUACCAGGUUGUUUUACUUUUCAGAAUAUCAACAGCUUAUUGUUUAAUGACUGGUUUAAGUAUUCUGUUUGCUAAACGUUACAUAACUGGUUUCAUAGAAUAUUAUCCCGGAUUAUGUGUUGAGGCGUAAACUUGAUUAUUUUGUAUGAACAAUCAGAAAAGUUAAGAAAAGUUGAUUCUGUAUAUGAACAGUCCAUCCACACAUAUGAAUCACCUUAAUUGUGAUUACAUACUAUUCAUAUAAAAUCAAUGUGCUAAUCAAACUGUGGCCAUUUUUGUCUGUUCAUGUGGAGUCUCUGCAAACCGUUUAUGAAUACUGUUUUGCUAUUGACACUGUUCAAUAAAAUCCAGCAAUUUGCUACUGUUGAUGGUUCUGUAACAUCCAUCUAUAACGAGUUGAUAUGAUAUGAAAUGUGCAUAUUUCAAAUGACAGUCCGACGUGUGUAACAUAAUGUUGAUUCUAAAAGUGGGACAUUUAUAGAAAUUGAUGUCAUACCAGCAAAGCAGAACAAUAUGUUAUUGCACAUAUCAAUAAAUGUUAAUCAGAUGUUCUA